AUGGCUUCCGUGCCUCAAGCGCCUAACACUACUCUGUUUCAAGCUGUAUGUGACUCUGCCAAACUUGCGUCUGAAUUAUCCGAUCAGCUUGAAUUACAACUUAAAGAACAAAAAUUAAUGCACUCCCUUAAAAGAAAUACUUUUCCAGCUCUUAAAGAACUUUAUACCUCAAAUAAAGUUCUCAGGACAAAGUAUGAUUCUGUGUUAACAAAAUUAAAUGAUUUGUCUGAAAAUUUCAAAACCAAUAACAAUAAUGUUACAGACAUUCAAGAAACCAUUUGUGAUCGUAAAACUGGCAUGAAUGCCCUUCAAUCAACUGUUGACAAACUUAAAACUAAAAUGGAUACCCUUCAAAAAAAUGAUGAUGAGCUCAAAACUAAAAUGGAUACCCUUCAAAAAAAUGAUGAUGAGCUUAAAACUAAAAUGGAUACCCUUCAAACAACUGUUGAAGAUUUUAGGGCAUUAUUUAUUAAAUAUUUCAAAGCUAUUGAAGAUUCGUAUAGGAUAGGCUAUGAUCUUAGUGAUAGAAUACAACACAGGCUAUCACUUUACAAACCUAAAUUAGAUCCCCCACCACAGUCUGAACAAGACAACUCUGCUGUCCAUCCCAAUGAUCAAUCAAGAAACUAA